AUGACAGAUGAAAAAAAACUAAAUAGUAAUAAUAAUAAAAGAGUUGGGGUAGAGUUUAUAUCAGGCUCAUUAUCGGGCGCUGUAACAAGAUUUUUUGUGGCACCUUUGGAUGUAGUUAAAAUUAGGUUUCAAUUGCAAAAUACUACAAAAACAGGUAAUAAAUUAUACACUGGUGUGUUUCAAGCAUUGACCAAAGUAACAAAGGAAGAAGGAUUUAGAGCGCUAUGGAAAGGUAAUCUUAGUGCAGAGUUAUUAUGGAUUUCAUAUGCAGCUGUUCAAUUUUCAACAUAUACCCAAAUAUUAGCAUUAAUCGACAAGAAUUACAGAGGUGGUCACUCUUUUCUUUUCAAUGGUAUAACCUCUUCAUUUUUACAAAUAGUGCCACAAAUGGCUUUUCAAUUCACUUUCUAUGAAUCUUUUAAAUAUAUACUUGUAAACUAUUCAAAUGAUAAAAAUCAAGCUUUAAAGAAUCCAUUUAAUCAAUUUUUUUGUGGUUUAUUAUCUGGUGCAUUUUCAAAGUUUUUAGUUUUACCAUUUGAUGUUGUAAAGAAAAGAUUACAAGUAUCUAAUAAAGCCAAAUAUAGUAUAAUUCAAUGUAUGUCAGAUUUAUAUAAAAACGAAGGUGGUAUUAAAUCACUUUUCAAAGGUGGUGUACCAAGUAUUAUGAAAGCUGGUCUUGCAGCAGCACUUUCUUUUACAUUUUUUGAACAAUCAAAAUUAUUCUUUUUAAAAAUAUUCAAAUAA